AUGCAACAGCAACAACACCAACAACAACAACAACAACAACAGCAGCAGCAGCAACAGCAACAACAGCAGCAACAGCAACAACAGCAGCAACAACAGCAACAGCAGCACUAUUACCAACAAAGCUAUCCUGAUGGACAAAAUUUUAGGGAGGCAUCUGAAGACGAAGAGGACCCCAUCCCAGUUCAGGAGGCAAAGCAGCGUGGACUCGAUGGGUACUGCGUAUCUUCAGGCAUUGAACGGAAAGGGACUCUGGGUCGCGGCUCCCACGCGUAUACUGUCAACGACAUGACAGCCAAGAUCCGUGUCUGUGUCCGCAAGCGACCCCUCAGCAGCAAGGAGAUCAAUAAAGCGGAGAAGGACAUUGCAACAGUAUCAGGGCGUCAAUUGGCCGUUGAUGAGCCAAAGGUUCGAUUGGACAUGACCAAGUUCAUUGAGAGGCACAAGUUUGUGUUUGACGAGGUCUUUGAUUCGGAUGCGACUAAUGAGGAUGUCUAUCGGAGGACGGCAUACCCGCUGGUCCAGUACCUAUUCGAGGGCGGAAAGGCGACUUGCUUUGCAUAUGGUCAAACCGGAAGCGGAAAGACAUAUACGAUGUUGGAUGACAAGCAGGGACUCUAUGUUUUGGCUGCACGCGACAUUUUUGUGCGGCUGCGUAAUCCGGAGAACUCGCACCUCGGAGUCUACAUUGGCUUUUACGAAAUCUAUCAGGGACAGCUUCAUGAUCUGCUCAACAACCGCAAGAAACUACACGCGCGCGAGGACGGAAAGGGUGGUGUUGUGGUUGCGGGACUGAAGGAAUAUGAGAUUGUGAACGUGCAGGGACUGAUGCAGGUCUUUGAGUACGGAAACAAUGCCCGGAGCACAGGGAGCACAAAUGCCAACGCAGAUUCCUCAAGAUCGCACGCAAUCAUGCAGCUCGUUUUGAAAAACCGCUCCACGAAAACUGCUGUGGGAAAGCUGAGCUUCAUCGAUCUUGCCGGAAGCGAAAGGGGCGCUGAUCGCGGUGAAACUGACGCCAAGACAAGAUUGGAGGGAGCGGAGAUCAAUAAGAGUUUGCUGGCGUUGAAAGAGUGCAUUCGUGCAUUGGACCAAGAUAAGAAGCACACGCCGUUCCGUCAGAGCAAGCUGACCCAGGUCUUGAAGGAUUCAUUUGUCGGAAAUUCAAGGACCUGCAUGGUGGCCACCAUCUCACCCAACAACUCGAACAGCGACCACACGCUGAACACUCUUCGCUAUGCUGAUCGGUAUGUUUUUUAG